AGACAGGGUGUAUAAAAGACACGAUGCAUAGAGGCAUUCAAAACUUUCAGUACAAUGUGGCUGUCGGAGCUGUUGCUGGUCGGACUGCUCGUUUCGUUCGCGGACAGUUACGACCGCAGAGUUAACUACUGGGAUGCUUUCGCUUCUGGCAAGCUUCUUGAGCGCCUGAAUGCCCUCACCGACGUAGAUCAGUCAAAAGUGGACAAGUUACCUGGAAUUAUGCAAGUCACAGCGACCACAACCACUCGAGCACAAGCCAAGGCGGACGAUUAUUUGGACGUCGAUGUGGACGCCGAUGCGGUAAAUGAAGAAGUGGACAGCCAAAGUGCGGAAACGAGUCAUGAGGGAUAUUCUGGUGAGGAUUACGAGCGCAACUACGAACAUUUUGUAAAGGAAUACUUUGAUCGAGAUGCGGCUGGGGCUAAUAUCGACGACGUCCGGGAACUGCAGGAGGAAACCCAAGCUGUGGAGCCCACUAACAUAAAAGACCAUCGUUGCCGACGCGUAAAGCGAAAGGAUGGCAAGCUAUGCGAGGUAUGCAUACAGCUUAAGAACAACGAGGUAUCCGAGACGUGCAGCUACUCCCACGAAAAUCAACCGGAGCAGUAUGCCUACGGCAGUGACACCCAGUACAAGCGCUAUCGCACCGAUCCGCAAAAAAAGAAAGAUUAUCAGAAACUGAAGCCUGACGCUCCUAGCAGCUUGUGUUUGCGCCACCAGCAGGAAAAUAGGGUCUGCUAUGAGUGUAAGGAUAGCAAAGACCAAAAAAUCGAACGCUGCUACGAUGUUCAGGCCAGGAAGUCUAACAACAAGACUAAGAAGAAGAGGGCCUCCUCAUCCAAACGCAAGCCGCGGUCCCAGUCGGAGAAGGAGCUGAGUAUUUACAAGCGCACCAAUAGCUACAGCUAUAUUCCGCUAUAGUAAUAUUCCACUAAACAUACUGAUGAUCAAGCAUUAGCAUACCUGAUUCGUUAUUUUCUCACUAACAACGCCUCCGGUUGAUCAAGAUCGGGCACAGACUCGGCUCUAUGAAACUCUGAAAGAGCAGUGAGGUUUUUUUUUUACACCCGUUCCUCUUUACCAAGUAAUUUUGCAUUCAUUUCAUUUUCCAAUUUUAUAAAAAAAUGCAUAUUUGUCUAGACUAUAAAACAAAUACAAGGAACUCUUAAACAUAAGGGUGAAAUCUUAGUUUUGUAGUUAGUGAUAAAUGAUUUUUGUACAUGUGCAAUAUAUUCAAAUCUAUUUGUAAAACAAAAAGUUUCUUUUUAUUAAAUAUGUUGUUUAAUAACGGAACAACUUAUUCAAAUGCAGCAAUAUUAUUUUCAAUUAUUACUACAUGGCAGAUUGAUUUUUAAUUCCAAACUUGUAAAAAAUCCCUAUAUGGGAACACAACAAAAUUUGAACAAUAUUUCUCGUACAUUAAUAACAUUUGGUAGAGCCAUGUAGUCAUCAGGCAACCCAAGACUGGAUUAGUACUGCAUAAACUAAAAAAUAUAAAAUAAUACAAAUAGAAAUACAACGAAUAAUU